AUGCGCCCCACUCUCCGCCUUCAACAGUCAAUGUACCGCGACCCCUGGGCUAAGCGUGAGGCCUGGCGCAAGCACCCAGUCUUCUCCAACCGAUUCUACAUUCGCAACAUGUUCCCUGGCUUCGGCAUCGCUUCGGCCGCCUUCGUUGUGUACCUCAUUGGCGACUCACUGGCUCACCCGUCGAACAUUGAGAAGCUCAAAGAGGAGGCAAAGAAGCAAAGGGGAGAGAUCUAA